AUGGCGGCCCGGAGCGCCCCGCACUGCCACCUGCGGCUGGAGUGGGUCUACGGCUACCGGGGCCACCAGUGCCGCAACAACCUCUACUACACGGCCGCCAAGGAGAUCGUCUACUUCGUGGCCGGGGUGGGCGUCGUCUACAGCCCCCGGGAGCACAAGCAGAAGUUCUACCGGGGACACAACGACGACAUCAUUAGCCUUGCAUUACAUCCUGAAAGAGUGCUGGUAGCAACAGGACAAGUUGGGAAGGAUCCAUAUAUCUGUGUUUGGGAUUCAUACACUGUGCAAACGAUAUCAUUACUGAAGGAUGUCCAUACCCAUGGUAUAGCUUGCUUGGCGUUCGACUUAGAUGGGCAACGUUUGGUUUCAGUUGGCCUUGAUUCGAAGAAUGCUAUCUGUGUGUGGGAUUGGAGAAAAGGAAAAAUGUUGUCUAUGGCCCCUGGUCAUACAGAUAGGAUAUUUGACAUUUCUUGGGAUUUGUACCAGCCAAACAAACUCGUCAGUUGUGGUAUAAAACAUAUUAAGUUCUGGAAUUUGUGUGGAAACUCUUUGACUCCAAAGAGAGGUGUCUUUGGAAAGACUGGUGAUCUUCAGACGAUAUUGUGCCUGGCCUGUGCAAGAGAUGAAAUAACUUACUCUGGUGCACUUAAUGGUGACAUAUAUGUAUGGAAAGGAAACAGUCUUGUACGGACAAUUCAGGGAGCACAUGCAGCAGGAAUUUUCAGCAUGAAUGCAUGUGAGGAAGGCUUUGCCACAGGUGGUAGAGAUGGGUGUGUUCGCCUCUGGGAUUUAACUUUUAAACCAAUUACUGUGAUUGAUCUCAGGGAAACAGACCAAGGAUACAAAGGUUUGUCCGUUAGGAGUGUUUGCUGGUGUGGAGACCAUAUUCUGGUGGGAACUCAAGAUAGUGAAAUUUUUGAGAUUGUAGUACAUGAACGCAGUAAACCAUUUCUGAUUAUGCAAGGGCAUUGUGAAGGUGAGCUUUGGGCUCUGGCAGUCCAUCCUACUAAGCCUCUGGCCAUGACUGGAAGUGAUGACCGAUCAGUCAGGAUAUGGAGCCUCAUCGAUCAUGCAUUAAUAGCAAGAUGUAAUAUGGAGGAACCAAUUCGUUGUGCAGCUGUGAGUAUGGAUGGAAUCCAUCUUGCUCUCGGAAUGAAGGAUGGCUCUUUCACUGUACUCCGAGUCAGAGAUAUGACAGAAGUUGUUCAUAUUAAAGAUAGGAAGGAAACUAUUCAUGAAUUGAAAUAUUCACCAGAUGGUACUUAUCUUGCUGUUGGAUCCAAUGACAGCUCAGUUGAUAUUUAUGGAGUUAUUCAGCGAUACAAAAAAGUUGGGGAAUGUGUUGGAUCACUUAGUUUCAUAACUCAUUUGGAUUGGUCAUCAGACAGUAGAUAUUUGCAAACCAAUGAUGGAAGUGGGAAAAGGCUGGUUUAUCGAAUGCCAAGUGGAAAAGAAGCAACAAGUAAAGAAGAAAUUAAAGGUGUCCAGUGGGCUACGUGGACAUGUGUUUCAGGCCUUGAAGUUAAUGGAAUUUGGCCCAAAUAUUCAGAUAUCAGUGAUAUAAAUUCUGUGGAUGGAAACUUUAUUGGCCAAGUUUUAGUUACAGCUGAUGACUAUGGAAUUGUAAAGCUGUUUCGUUAUCCUUGUCUAAGGAAAGGAGCGAAAUUUAAAAAAUAUCUUGGUCAUUCAGCCCAUGUAACAAAUGUCAGGUGGUCGCAUGACUAUCAGUGGGUUAUUUCUAUUGGAGGAGCAGAUCACUCUGUGUUCCAGUGGAAAUUUAUUCCUGAAAGAAAAUUAAAGGAUGCUCUUCACAUAGCACCCCAAGAAAGUCUAGCUGACUCCAAUAGUGAUGAAUCAGACUCAGAUCUGUCUGAUGUUCCAGAGCUGGACUCUGAAAUUGAACAAGAGACUCAGAUCACAUACCGUCGACAGGUUUACAAAGAAGAUCUACCUCAGCUUAAAGAGCAGUGUAAAGAGAAACAAAAAAGUUCUUCUAAAAGAAAAGAGAAAGCUCCAGAAAAUAGUAUCCGUUUACACUUUGUCCAUGGUUACAGAGGUUAUGAUUGUCGAAGUAAUCUGUUUUACACCCAAACUGGUGAAAUUGUAUAUCAUGUUGCUGCUGUGGGUGUAGUAUAUAAUCGUCAACAAAAUACCCAACGCUUUUAUCUGGGUCAUGAUGAUGACAUUCUAUGUCUUGCUAUUCAUCCAUUAAAGGAUUAUGUGGCCACAGGUCAGGUGGGCAAGGAUUCCUCAAUACAUAUUUGGGAUACAGAGACAAUGAAACCUUUGUCAAUAUUAAAGGGCUAUCACCAAUAUGGUGUCUGUUCAAUCGACUUUUCGGCCGAUGGGAAGCGCUUGACUUCAGUUGGAAUUGAUGAUAGUCACACUAUUGUCCUCUGGGAUUGGAAGAAAGGAGAGAAACUGUCAGUAGCAAGAGGAAGCAAAGAUAAGAUUUUUGUUGUAAAGAUGAACCCCUACAUGCCUGACAAACUGAUUUCAGCUGGAAUUAAGCAUUUGAGAUUUUGGCAUAGAGCAGGGGGAGGCUUGAUUGGAAGAAAAGGCUGUGUAGGUGCAAUGGGAAAAAGCGAUACAAUGAUGUGUGCAGUGUAUGGUUGGACUGAAGAGAUGGCGUUUUCUGGAACUUCAACUGGAGAUGUGUGUAUCUGGAGAGAUAUAUUUCUUAUAAAAACAGUCAAAGCACAUGAUGGACCAGUGUUUAGCAUGCACGCUGUAGAAAAAGGAUUUGUAACUGGGGGAAAGGAUGGAGUAGUGGCUCUCUGGGAUGACUCAUUUGAACGUUGCCUCAAAACUUAUGCCAUCAAAAGAGCUGCCUUGGCCCCUGGAUCUAAAGGUCUCCUCCUGGAAGACAACCCAUCAAUACGUGCCAUAUCAUUGGGACAUGGACAUAUUUUAGUUGGCACAAAAAAUGGUGAAAUUUUGGAGGUAGAUAAAGGUGGACCAAUCACCUUGUUAGUUCAGGGGCACAUGGAAGGGGAAGUGUGGGGCUUAGCUGCCCAUCCUCAUUUGCCUAUUUGUGCUACUGUAAGUGAUGAUAAAACCCUAAGAAUAUGGGAUCUCUCUCCCAGUCACUGUAUGCUAGCUGUUCGGAAACUGAGAAAAGGGGGCAGGUGUUGCUGUUUUUCUCCUGAUGGCAAGGCUUUGGCUGUAGGCCUCAAUGAUGGAAGUUUUUUGAUGGUAAAUGCAGACACUUUGGAGGAUCUUGUAUCCUUUCACCACAGAAAGGAUGUUAUUUCAGAAAUUCGAUUUUCACCUGGUUCUGGGAAAUACCUAGCUGUAGCAUCUUAUGACAGUUUUGUAGAUAUCUACAAUGUAAUGAGUAGUAAGCGAGUAGGAAUCUGCAAAGGAGCCACAAGUUAUAUAACACAUAUGGACUGGGACCUCAGAGGAAAACUUUUACAGGUCAACACUGGUGCUAAAGAGCAGUUGUUCUUCGAAGCUCCUCGAGGGAAAAAACAGAACAUUCCUAAUUUGGAGGUAGAAAAAAUUUGUUGGGCAUCAUGGACAAGUGUUCUUGGUUCUUGCUGUGAGGGAAUUUGGCCAAUAAUAGGAGAAGUCACAGAUGUAACUGCUUCAUGUCUGACCAGUGAUAAUAUGGUCCUGGCUACAGGGGAUGAUUUUGGAUUUGUGAAGCUUUUUAGAUAUCCUGCUAAAGGAAAAUUUGCGAAGUUCAAAAGGUAUGUCGCCCAUAGUACACAUGUCACAAAUGUUCGCUGGAUUUACGAUGACAGCUUAUUGGUUACCUUAGGAGGUGCAGACACAUCUCUAAUGGUAUGGACUUAUGAAAUAGAGGGAUACCGAGAGAAGAGACAGUGUGAUAGUGAAGAGUCUGACAUAGAUUCUGAGGAAGAUGGCGGCUAUGAUAGUGAUGUUACAAGAGAGAAUGAGAUUAAUUACACCAUCAGAGCCUUAUCAACAAAUAUCAGACCAAUGUUUGGAAUCAAGCCUCAUUUGCAACAGAAGGAACCCUCACUAGAUGAAAGGCAAGGGGUAGUGAGAGGUUCCAGACCACCAGUUAGUAGGGCACUACCACAGCCUGAAAAACUUCAGACAAAUAAUGUUGGCAAAAAGAAGAGACCCAUAGAGGACCUCGUGUUGGAGCUCGUCUUUGGUUACCGAGGCAGAGAUUGCAGGAACAAUGUUCAUUACUUGAAUGAUGGUGAUGAUAUAAUUUUCCACACAGCGUCUGUUGGAGUCCUAUACAAUGUGGCUUCUGGUUCUCAGAGUUUUUAUCAGGAACACAGCGAUGACAUUCUAUGCCUCACUGUAAAUCAGCACCCCAAAUUUAUCAAUGUGGUGGCUACUGGCCAAGUAGGAGACGCAGCAGACAUGUCAGCUACAGCUCCUUCUAUCCAUAUCUGGGAUGCAGUUAACAAGCAAACUCUGUCAGUAUUGCGAUGUUACCAUUCCAAGGGAGUUUGUUCGGUAAGCUUCAGUGCCACUGGUAAACUGCUUCUGUCAGUAGGGCUGGAUCCAGAACACACUAUUUCCAUUUGGAAGUGGCAGGAAGGUGCCAAAAUUGCCAGCAGGGCUGGUCAUAAUCAACGUAUUUUUGUGGCAGAAUUCAGACCCGAUUCUGAUACCCAAUUUGUUUCAGUUGGAGUGAAGCAUGUGAGGUUCUGGACCCUUGCGGGAAGGGCUUUGCUUAGUAAGAAAGGACUACUGAGCACCAUAGAAGAUGCCCGGAUGCAGACCAUGCUAGCUGUGGCUUUUGGAGCAAAUAACUUGACAUUUACAGGCACUAUCAGUGGAGAUGUUUGUGUUUGGAAAGAUCAUAUUCUGUCCCGAAUUGUGGCCAAAGCUCAUAAUGGACCCGUGUUUGCAAUGUAUACUACAUUGAGAGAUGGGCUCAUCGUAACAGGUGGCAAGGAAAGACCAUCAAAAGAAGGAGGAGCAGUUAAAUUGUGGGAUCAGGAGCUGAGGCGGUGCCGUGCCUUCAGACUGGAAACGGGACAGUUGACCGACUGUGUUCGUUCUGUGUGCAGAGGCAAAGGAAAAAUACUUGUUGGGACAAAGAAUGCCGAAAUAAUUGAAGUUGGAGAGAAAAAUGCUGCAUGUAACAUCUUAAUCAAUGGUCAUAUGGAUGGACCCAUCUGGGGGCUGGCAACGCAUCCCUCAAGAGAUUUUUUCCUUUCUGCUGCAGAAGAUGGCACAGUCAGACUCUGGGAUAUUGCUGACAAAAAGAUGUUAAACAAAGUCAAUCUGGGACAUGCUGCCCGUACUGUGUGCUAUAGCCCUGAAGGGGAUAUGGUAGCCAUUGGAAUGAAAAAUGGAGAAUUUAUUAUAUUGCUGGUAACUUCUCUAAAAAUAUGGGGGAAGAAAAGAGAUAGAAGAUCUGCAAUCCAAGACAUCAGAUUUAGCCCAGAUUCUCGUUAUUUAGCUGUGGGUUCCAGUGAGAAUGCAGUUGAUUUUUAUGAUCUGACACUGGGCCCUGCCCUUAACAGAAUCAGUUACUGCAAAGACAUUCCAAGCUUUGUCAUUCAAAUGGACUUCUCAGCCAAUGGUUGUUAUCUUCAGGUUUCCACGGGAUCAUACAAACGGCAUGUCUAUGAAGUGCCUUCAGGGAAACAACUUACAGAUCAGGCUGUCGUGGACAGAAUAACUUGGGCCACGUGGACAAGUAUUCUAGGGGAUGAAGUGAUUGGAAUCUGGUCCAGACAUACGGAAAGAGCUGAUGUCAACUGUGCCUGUGUCUCUCAUUCGGGAAUUAGCCUUGUGACUGGGGAUGACUUUGGCAUGGUCAAGCUCUUCGACUUUCCAUGUCCUGAAAAAUUUGCGAAAUACAAAAGGUUUCUAGGUCAUUCAGCCCAUUUGACUAAUAUUCGAUUUACAAAUGGGGAUCGGCAUGUGGUUAGUGCUGGAGGUGAUGACUGCAGUUUAUUUGUUUGGAAAUGUGUGCACAUGCCUCACUGAAGGAGCCUGAAGCUUCACAAAAAGGAUACUGCUUGAAGUAACAAGUCUAAGGGACCCAGGUUUGCAUUGAGGAAGAAUACCUUCAGUGCCCUGCAUGCUCAAAAAGUGAUGCUGACCCAAGACAGACAACUGAGGAAAGAUGGCUUAGCUACCGUACGUGCAUAACCAUAUUGAUACCACAUACUGCCAGACAUCUGGUCAAGUUCAUGCAGCACUGGGGAUGAUUGGGCAGUUCCUGGUAGCAGACAGGAUUUUGGGUUAUCAUGUGUUACUUUCAGGGCUCAUUUUGUGCCAGAACUGAAGUGCAGCCCCUCUUUCCCUCAUCCUCCUAUGGACAUACAAGCUCUUCUUGGAACCUUAUCUGUCCUACAAGAUGAGUAAACUUUUUUUAAUACCCUUAGACAGCAUGAUCAUUUCUUUUUUUGUUUUGAAGGCUUCAUCUUGCUAAGGAAAGGAAACUGAGUAGCUAGGUAUGUAAAGUCAUUUUUUUGUCAUUUCCCAAAAUUGGUAUAAUUAUGUAAGCAGAAAAUUCUGCCAGGAAUAUAAACUGCAUUAGUCAUAAGAAUAUUUAGGACCUGGGUCAUAAUAAAAUUAGGAGAGUUAAUGUUAUUGAACAUGCAUGAACCCAGUCUUUAAAGGGGAAGUAUUUUUGUCCUCAAAUAGUAAAGUGUACACAAGAAACAGGUUUGAUCACUUUGCAAGUGCCUUGUCCACAAUCCAAAAGUCUAAUUCCAGUUUUUGCCUUGUGAAUAAACCAUUCACAGCCAGUGCUUGGCACAGAGUAAGUGCUUAAUAGAUACCACAAUAAUUAUAAAUGAUUGAAUUGCCAUAAGUUAUGUGAGCCAUCAGUCUUCUAUUUAGAAGAGGCAAAGGACAAAAGAUUGAAAACAGAAAACUUAAAGCAGGCGUUCUCAUGUUUUUGGGGGACUGAACCUCCUUAUCAGUCUUAACAGGCUAGUAGUAUUAUUUGGCCAGGAACAGUAAUACAUGUAAGACUUAACUGAAUGUGAGUCUACAUUCUUAGAACCAUUUUAAAAUUAAUUAGCAAAUUUAGAAUAUUAAUUGAUCAACUGAGAUUUAUUAAUCCAUGGCUAAAAUAUUCUAUUUAGUAAGUAGCAUGGAAAAUAGCCAGAAAUAAAACAUUUUAUAAACCCACUGAGCUUCUGGAAUAAGCUGCAUUAACUAUAUUGUAAGUGGGGAGAAUGAACCUUUCCACGGGAAAGGUUCAUCCAACAAAUGCCCUAUCAUUCUGCAGUGUUUUCCAAAAUAAAUCAAAGGUUAGUGCAAGUGUUUCCCUGGACCUGCUUGGUUGAUUGGAGUUGGGCAGUAAAACUGAAAUUAAGCCCACCCUGCCUGUGGAUAGCUAAAAGAAGAGCAAGUUUUGAGUAGUUGUCUUAAACAUUGGAAAAAGAAAGGCCUGCUUAAACUGAUGCCCUGGGGGGGCGGGGAAUUGGGCAGUUGGGAAAGCUCCAGUAACUCUUUCAAGGCUCUUAAAAUAUACCUUUUAGAAAGUUACCAUUUCAGUAUAUUAGGUUAUCCCAAUUGCUUGAAAAGUUGAUGUACUUUCCAGAAAAUUUGACCUGGGGCACAUAUAGCUUUGCACAAUAGAACCAAAGCUGGUUCCAGUACAACAAAACUUAAACUUUAUCCUCUGCUGUAUGUAUCCCUAUGUAUCAUUUUGUUCUAAAUGACAUUCUUGCCCACUAAUCGUUUUUGUGACCCAUUUCAUCAAAGCAGAUCAAUAGCUGGACCUAACAUUUCUACAUUUCAGCCAAGACUGGUACCUUAAAACCUUCCUCCUACCAGUUCCCCCUGAUCGGGAGUCCUGGCUAAUGUACGUAGACACUGCUUGCAUGGCACUGCACAAGCCUGCAGCUCUGUAGUUGAUUCCACUGCCCAGGUUCCUAAGGCCUACAAGAGACUGGAUUCAACUUUUAGUCCUUUAAACAUCCUUUAGAAGUGUUGAAACCUUUCAAGAAAGCACUAUGGGGCAUUAGUUAUUACAUGCUUUCCUCUUUAAACAGCAUUUUUCCAUAGAUUCUCAGCUCCUAAAUACAUCUCUUUAGUGUGCUAUUACAUAUUUGACAUCUUUUACUCAAAUCUCAUUAGGAAACUCCUUAUGGGCAAGGAACUUGCCUGUUAUACUCUCCUAAGUGCUUAGUACAGUGCUCUACAGACUGUAAGCACUCAAUAAACGCCAUUGAUUGAUUACAGGCAACUCAUGGUAAGAAUGAAAGGAUAUCUUCCUUAAACUGAAUUUAAUAGCCAAUUCAUUAGUCCUAAAUGUUUCAGAUUGGAGGGAAGGGUGGAAUUGAUCAGGCUUUUGCUCAGUUCCACUUCUACCUAGAGGCAGUAAGGCCCAAGAGAGCCUGAAUCCUGCCCAGAACUCACAACUGUUCUGAUUAUUUUUCCAUUGAUUUUCAAAGAUUUGUGUUAAAAUACAGCUGCCUACAGCUUUUAAAUAUGUCCAAACAGUUUCUAAAAUUAAACACAUUUAAAGUAGCAUUAUGAGAAUUAUAUAAAAAGCUGAAGCAGGAAUGAAACUAUGGGUCUCAAUUUCAUACAAAAGACACCUUUAAUAAGAGACUGGUUUUGGGAAUUUGAGAGAUCUUCUGCUAUUUCAUUUUAGAACUCAGAUGCUAGAUGACUUGAAUUAAUCAGGGCUGGGGGUAAACUAGCCUUAGUCAUUUCAGCCUUUGAAACAUGUUGCUGACCUGGGAGUCAUUCUGUGGCCUUCUUCCUGAAUGCAGUAGCCCUUAGACUAAGGGAAGGAUAAACAUUUCAAGCCACAUCUAGAAACUGCCAUAUAUUGACUUAUUUAUUUUUAGCCUAGUGAGUUCUUUACGUGAUUUGAUUGUUCUGAAAGUCUAUUAUCCCCAUAUAUGUUGAUGAAAAAUUCACACAAUGAGCAGGCCAAGUCUACUAUGCACUCACUCUUCUUACCAAUCACUGUGCUCUACACUGCUGUCAAACCCAGACCUUUCCCUUUGUAGUCCUGUUCUGUCUCUGUUCCAGUCAAAUUUGGACCAUACCUAAACACACACCGACUGGCUAUUUGUGACUUCUGCUACAGUACAGUUCAGCUCAGCAAGAGGCCAUAGGUAACUGUACCAUACUUUAGGAUCCGAGAAUAACUACACAUACUUUUUAAUGUCAUCUUUGUAGUUCAAACAGUGUUAGAAUUGCUACUCCCCAAUUUCUGCCCUUUAAAUUGCAACUAAUUUGGACACUAGACCUUGCAUUCACUCUCUGGAGUAUCUCAUUUGUCAAAAUGAAUUACUUGUGGGAACACUUUUUUGAAUUAGGAAAAGUAUAAUUUCACACAAGUUCAAAACUGAAUUUGUGUGAAAGCUAAGGUGCUGUUAUUACCAUAUACUCUAUCUAUUUAGCCUUCCCCUCCACCCCCCCCAAAAAAAGUUUCAUACGCCAUUCUUGUGGACAAUGUAGCGGCAUUGUGCAUGUUGAGGGAGUUCAGUACAAUUUAGUGGAAUUCCUUUUUUUGUGGUUUUCUCCAUUCUUUAAAGGGAACCUGUAUGGGUUAAGAAGCUUAAAAGGGAGCACAUCAGAUUAGAAAGCCACAUCAGUAUAUAUUGGUGAAUGUCUAUGGAAGAGAAAAUAGUGUCAUCUGAGUUUCCCAAUAAUUAUUUUCUUGCGGCAUCAACUACUGAUAAAUACAUUCUCAUGAAAAGUGUUUUCUCCUUUUAAGCCAUCUAUCCCAACCUUAAAGAAAAUAAUCCCUGUUCAUUAAUUGUAACAUUAUCUUUUUAGUUUUAUCCUGAAUUUUUUACUCUGACAAUCUUCCUUGCUGUAACCAAAAGAAGAAAAAAAAAGCACUGUACAUUAACACAGUAGUUCAAAGGUAUGUUCCUGUUUUCCUGCAAGGAUCCUGUUGUUUUGUGUGCUCCUCAGCUGAACAAUUUGGGUAUCUAAUUCCAGCUAGUAUAUGCUGUAGUUAUUACUUUUUAAAAUGGUAAACCUGCUUUUAAACAUUGUUUUUUUGAAAAAAAAGAAUCCGAACAACCUUCAUUUUCUGCUCAAGUGUUAAUGUCUUGGAGUAUUAAUAUCUAUAUUUGUUAAAUUUGAGUUUAAGAACCAUACCCAGUAAAUAAUGUUUUCUGAUAUCCAUGUAAAUACUUGUAAAGAGCAUCUUUUGUAUAUUUUUGUGAAAACGUAGUUCCCUAAAAGAUUUAAUAAAAAAUUUGUUAUUAAAGUAAAUAGCAGCCACAUUUCAUAUUUUA